AUGUCCAACAUCGAACAUGCUAUCAGGUUGGAUGGUUCAACGACACAAAGCAAUGCCAAACGACCACGCAUCGCGUCGCCACAGUCAGGACGGCGUGUGCUCAAGACCACUCGAGCGUGUGACGCCUGCAGACUGAAGAAGGCACGCUGCGCAGGCACGAAACCAUGUCCGGCGUGCGUGAAACGCGGUGCCGUAUGCUCAUACGACAGUCAGUAUAUGCGUGGGCGACCUCCGACUCCUCCGCUGUCCACAUUGGCCCCUGGUGUGAGUCCUGGUUUACCUAGCGAGGGUCACCUUCCAGUCCAACCAUACGACGCGGACUUUGCGCCCGGAAAUGUUGGUCUAAGCUCAAGGAAUUCGCCAGAACUGCACUCGACCGACAUCCAAGGCCAGUACGUGGAUCCCACGUCAGGCUUGUCCUUCCUCGAAAGAGCCCGUGAUCGCUUCUCUUCCCGUCGCCCACCUUCGGAUCAUGCUCAGGAUGAGGAGUGGAGCUACCGACAGCAGCCUGUUCUACAAGCAGGUGAUAAGCCUCUUGUACUUUCUGAUGAACGAUCUGGGCUAAACACAGCACUUCCGACUGGUGAUAGCGCUAUCGAGCUCUUGAAUGUUUACUUUGACGUCUGUGUUGCAACUUACAAGCCGCUGCACAGGCCGACUCUGGACGCAUGGCACAAACAAGCCCUUCAAAACGCAGUAGCCGAGCGAGCCUUGGUACAUAACUUAGGAUACGCUAAGCUCUCGACGUUGUUUGCUGUCUUUGCUGUAGCAACAUAUCAUAACAGACGCAAGACACAAGACUUCUCCUUCAACGAGAGUGACGCUCUUUUUCGAGAAUCGCUGGACAUGACGAACAUGGAGACCGGCUUACCGCGCCUGGAUUCUGUACAAGCCAGACUGAUACAGGUGUUCUACCUGCUCAUGACAUGUCGAAUGAACCAGGCAUGGUUCACGUUUGGAACAGUCCUGCAAUUGGUCUCUUCUCUUGGCUUGCAUAGACGUGUGCGAAGGCCUAGACAGGAGCGAGAUUAUGUUUAUCGACAAUGUCAAAAGCGCACGUUCUGGACGACAUACAUCCUGGACAAAUAUUUUGGAGUUCUCAUGGGCCGCCCGCAACACUUCCACGAUGACGAUAUCGACCAGGACUUCCCGGACUGUGUCAAUGACGAGGACAUGACUGCUACUGGUUUUGAUGCUGCUGAAGAUCCAGAUGAUUGCUUGAUCGAAGCCUUUGUUGAGAAUGCGAAACUCGCACGUCUCGUCGGAACGAUAUCUCGGAAGCUGUAUCCCACCAAAUCUCUGCCGGCCAGCAAGAGGUUGGAAUUGACGCAGCGACUGCAGAACGAUAUCGACAAUUGGCACAAAGCUUUGCCAGCCUUCCUCAGCACUAUCAAAGCUUCGAGCUUGAUACGUAGUUUCCAACGACAGUCAGUGGCGAUCCGCAUGGCGCAUUGUCAUGCGGUGAUGCACUUGCAUCGACCAUAUUUGUUGCGAUCUGCAGGACCAGAUGCAGAAGCCAGUGUCAAGCACUGUGUGACGGCUGCCUUGACUGUCCUCCGCACUGCUGACAAUAUAGCAACCUCGGGACGUAUGUUCCAUGCCUUUUGGUGGACCCACUAUGUCACCUUCUGCGCGUUGAGCAUCACCUAUGUCUGGCAGAUCCAAAGGCCGAGGUUCGACUGUGGUGUCGAUACUGAACAACUCCUCAAGCUUGCUGAGAGAUGUCAAACACAUCUCGCUCGCGCAACAGCCUCGAAUUCGCCAAGUAGAAGAUACAGCAUCAUCCUGGAAGAACUGCGAGCUGAGGCUGGACUCAACUCUACCACUUACUCUACCAUGUCGCUUGUCAACGACCAGACUGAACUAGCCUCGAAUACGAUUCUUGAGUCCAACCCUGAAGAUCAAUCCGCUGUAAACAACUUUUUCGAGGGGUGGGAGAUAUCGGACUGGCUGGACCUUGACGCUUUGGCGUAUGGUUAUCCUGCAGGAUCUAGUCCUGAUCUGGGAUGUUUCGACUCAGUCCUCUACUGA